GCAAGGGGAGGAGGUGAGAGUCUGCAUAAGAAAGCAGCUCCACCCUUGAUCUGGCUGCAGGAGCAGAGAGCAGCGGCAGGUCAAACCCCGUCCUGAUUUGAAUCCAACUUUUUCCCCUUGAGCCAGAGCUCCCAUCGUCGCACUCAGUCAUGCUCUCCCCGGGACUCUGCGUGUCUCUGCUGGCCGUGUCUUGCGCCUUGUGGCCGCCUCCUGUCAGGGCGGCUGCCUGCGAACCGGUCCGGAUCCCGUUGUGCCGGUCCAUCCCGUGGAACAUGACCAAGAUGCCGAACCACCUCCACCACAGCACGCAGGACAACGCAGUGCUGGCCAUCGAGCAGUUCGAGGGGCUGCUGGGUACUGGAUGCAGUCCGGAUUUACUCUUCUUCCUGUGCGCCAUGUAUGCCCCCAUCUGCACCAUCGACUUCCAGCAUGAGCCCAUCAAGCCCUGCAAGGGGGUGUGUGAGCGAGCAAAGUCUGGCUGUGAGCCAGUGAUGAAGCGAUACAACCACAGCUGGCCCGACAGUCUGGCCUGCAGCGAGCUGCCACUGUACGACCGAGGAGUCUGCAUCUCACCUGAGGCCAUCGUCAAGACUGAAGGACCAGACCCUAGCUUCCAGGACCCCUCAAGGUGUAACCCAGAAUCCAGUCCUGACUUCCCAAUGGACCCCAACAAUUUCCACUGCCGGGGACCAAUUGGAGAUCGCUGUAAGUGUAAGACGGUCAAAAUGGGACAGAAAACCUAUGUGAAUAACAACUACAACUACGUUAUCAGAGCAAGGGUGAGGGAGGUUAGAAAUCGUGGUCUGGAGCCCACAGCAGUGGUGGACGUAAAGGAGGUGCUCAAGUCCUCUCUGGUCAACAUUCCUAAGGAGACGCAGGUGCUGUACUACUCUUCGUCCUGCCUGUGCCCUCCUCUCACCGCUGGGGAAGAGUACGUUAUCAUGGGCUACGAGAGUGAAGAAAGGUCCAGGUUGCUUCUGAUUGAUAGCUCCAUUGCUCAAAAGUGGAAGGACAAAAUGCGCAGGAAGGUCAAGAAAUGGGAUCAGGCCCUGCAGGCAUCCCCAGCACAUUCACGCCGGAGUCGCCACUGAGAUCUCACCCUCGGUCUGAAUGUGUGUGAUGGUGCGUGUGUGCAUGUAACUGUAUGAGAGUGUGUGUUUGUGUAGAUAUUGCACUAUCCCAGGCUGUUUUUAGCUGAAUGUAGUUCAUCUCGACAUUUAUCAGACUGUUUGGAAUCUGAUUUUUGCCUUUUAUUUUCUUUGUACAGACAUUAUUCAGUGUGUUUUUGUCAUUGUGUCUGUGUAUGUACACCUUAAGCUCUCAGUUAAAACAAAUAGGCUGAAUAGGUUAAGCUUAAAAGAUGAUGGCAAACGCAUUAUUGUUUUUGCUUUUUUUGAACCCAACUUUUUUUUAAGGGCAGCCAUAUUGGCUCGACCACUGCACUCUGGAAUUUCAAUUUUAAAUAACCCUGGAUUAGGCCCAUGUUACCAUGGUGAUUGGAAAGACAAAAUUUAAUAACACCAAAGCCAGGUGGAUUUUCACAUAAUGAACCUGGAGCAAUGAACUGGACUUCACUCAACCUAAGAAAUGAAAUGACCAACAACACAGAAACAAGAACACCAACUCAGAUCCAGAAAGACGUAUUAGAUCUUAAGGUACCAGAGGUUUCUGGGUUCUGGAUUGGAAAUGCUCUUUUUUUGGGAGGAGGUAAUAAACUUAAAUCAGCUUUUCACAAUGUGGCGGUCAUGCUUUCCAUAUUCUUUAAUGUCACAGCUAAACACCUGGCUGGUCAAAAUUUACAUAAACGCAGAAACCGAAAAUGAUACAGGCCCUGAUGUAGUCUCAAAUUUUACAAACAGGGUGAAAUAUGUUAGGUGUGUCAUGUUUUUCAUUAGUUAUUGUUUCAUUUUGUUUGAGUUUAAUGUACAAACUAUAUAUUAAAGAUGGAUGACUUUUAACAGAAGCUGAUUAUCAAGAAACUUCUUUCUGCAUGUCUUUUUAACAGUCAGCAGGAUAACAGUUCUCUGGGUAGAAAAACUCAAUUUGACUUUUUGAAGUUGUGUUCUGUUGACAGUUUAUGAGCAGUCAUUGUCUUACCAACAGCAGAUUACUGUCUUGGCUGCUUCAAUUUCUAAUGAAGAAGCUAGCUGCUAUGUCGAGCCGGUCAGAUACUUCACUGUUCGUCAACCAUCUUUUCUAACUUGACUCUUAAUGUGCCUGUGACAUGCUUUUCCCACAAAUACAGAAAUUGAAAGAAAGCCUCUUAAUAGGAAUUGGGCAGUAAUUAACAUAUUAGGAUUAAAGAGGUGAUAAAAGACAGUUGUGACACAAAAUAAGCAUAUUUCGAUGUUAAAUUUUGCAAGUCUAUCUUAUAGAUAUCUUAUCGAUUUUCAUCAGUAGGCAGCAAUGACUUCCAAAUUUAUACUACAUCAGAAAUGAGUAGAAAAGCAUCCUAAGCAUGGCUAAAGCAGUAUGAGGCAGAAGAUCUUCCAAAAACAAUCACGGCUUGGUCUUUGUCUGAGCUUGGAAUUUCCUUUGGCAUUUGCACACAUUUUAUGUUUUUAGUUUUUUGAAAUCCAGGGCCAAGCAUGACAUAUAUAGAAAAUCCCUUGAUCAACUCGAAGUCUUUUUGUGGUUUCUUACUCAAAAAGUGAUGAUGAGAAUCAGCAAAGUAUGCUGCUUUGUCGUAAUUUAAAAAAAUCAAGUCUGCUAAAAGAAUUCUGGUGUUUCCAACCAAAAUAUGUUUAAAUGAGGUACGGAAUGGAUGCUUUUUCUGCCCAGUCCCUUUCUUAUUGUGGAAUUCUGAACAUCUAAAGCAGUGUGUUGGCCUGCACUGCUUUAGAUGUUGUGGGUUAUUUUUUGACCUGCUGGAUGAGUUUUCCAUGCCCUCUACCUGUGAGUUUUGGUAAACCAGUGUCCAGUGUCUUGGAAGGUUCACCACUCUUUCAUGCAGUCUCAUUUUGUAGAUAAUGGCUCUCUCUGUGGUUCACUGGAGUUCUAAAUCCUUAGAAAGGGCUUUGUCGCCCUUUUCAAACUGAUAGAUGCUAGACAGACUUUUUCAUCUGUUUUUCAUCUGUUUUUGAAUUUCUGAAAAUCGGAGCUUGAUGUUUCUUUUUGAAACCUUUUAGCCUACUUCUUGUUGACAAACAGGCUCUAUUUAGGUGAUAUCUUGAUUGUAAAGGACAGGCAAUAAUCAGGAAUGGGAUCUGGUUAACCACAGCUCAUUUGUAAUUUAACUAGUGCUUUUUCUCUUUGGGCCUGGUCGGCGUGGAUACAGUUAGCCCAAAAUUAUUCAGAUUUACAUUUAAAAUGGUUAUCAUUCAGCUAAGAAGUUUGUUUCUGAUGAAGACAGGCAUCUCUCACAAAAUAAUAAAACCAUGUAAAAGGAGUAUCAGUUCAAAAACACAUAAUAAAAAAAAGUAUUAAAGUGGUAUUUUAAAAAUAGCAUGUCAAAUCAUUUAUACCCUUAUCAACAAUCAAUGGAAAAAUCUUCAUUGACGUUACAGCAAUCAAAGCCUUGUUCUAAUUGCUGAGAAGCUUUUUCCACAUUUCCAUUGGUAUUUUAAUGAUCCAUCUUUACGAAUUAGCUCCAUAUCUUUGAGGUUGGAUGGCCCACUUGCCGUUACCCUAAUCUUCAUCGUCCUCCACAGAUUCUCAGAUUCAAGUCAGGACUGGUUGGACCGCUCCAAUACAGUCCAGUUUUAAGAACUCAAAGCUUCUGAAUAAAAGCCCUUCCGAUCUUUUGUAUGCAGUUUUAACUCAUCUAUAUUCUGUAUUGUUUCCUAAGAGAACUGUUUUUAAUUGUUUUCCAUUAUUCUCUCAUUUGUGAUGUGAUGAUAUUAUGAAGCGAACUCUUCAAAUGCAGAAAACCAAAUAUCAACAAUUCUAAACAAUUUAGAUUUUUACGUUUUUGCAUUUUAUUUCACGUUUUAAUUCACCAAAUAAAGAUGCAGAAUGAAAACAAACAUUCCACAGAUUUUUGCACCGCUUUAAUACAUAAAAGCCUUGCUCGAUCUAUCUGUAUUAUAAUUAUCAUUGGAUGCAGUGUUUUGAUUUCUUUUGAGUUGAUGAGAUAAACUGCAUGUUCAGCCUGCAGGCAGGACUCUCGCAGUUUCGUUUCUCAACAUGCUGAAUAAUAUGGGAAACUUCAAUGUUUAAGCAGCAGCUCAGGCAGUGAGCAAAACUAGACUUCAGACUGAGAGUCCUGCCUCAGAUAUGUUCUGGCAGUUUGUGACGUGUUCUUUCUGGAACAGAUGUUGAAGCUGCUGGAAUGGAGGUGGAAAAAGUGUUAAUUGUAACGUUUCAAAACACAUAUUUAUUCACUGCCAUUAAAUCUGAGAAAGCAUGUUUCACUGAGUGUAUUCUUCUCACUGUAUGGAAAUUAACAAUGACACCAACUUUGAGUUUAAUAUUGAAUAAAGAAACAAAUGUGACCAGAAUGUAA